GCUCUACAGCGCGCGCCGUGUGUGAGAGGAAUGCGCCUUAUUGUCCCUCGCUUCAGAGCUCUGUGCGCCUUGUUCUCCACCGAGGAGAGGAGGAGAGCCACUCGGUUUGUUCUGUCUGCACUCUCCUCGUCUGCGGAGUGGCUGCACUGAGCAGCGUUGAAGAGGAAGUGGAGGAAAAGUUGUCGCGGCGCGGACUUUGAGGUCAUAUAUGAAGAUCGGGACUGCGCGCAGACAUGCCCAUGCACCCAGUCACUUCCACUUUGAUGUACCGCGGGAUCUGCACCAUCCCGGACAUCCUCUCGUACGGGACACCGGUCAACCUACCUGAAGAUGAACUGGAGGAGAUUCGGGAAGCGUUUAAGGUGUUUGAUCGUGAUGGGAAUGGCUUCAUCUCUAAGCAGGAGCUGGGCAUGGCCAUGCGAUCUCUGGGCUACAUGCCCAAUGAAGUGGAGCUGGAGGUCAUCAUCCAGAGACUGGACAUGGACGGAGACGGCCAAGUGGACUUUGAGGAGUUUGUGACGCUCCUGGGGCCGAAGAUCUCCGCGGCUGGGAUGCCUGACAAGUUCAACGGCACAGAUUUUGACUCUGUGUUCUGGAAGUGCGACAUGCAGAAGCUCACUGUGGACGAGCUGAAGCGUCUUCUUUACGAGACAUUCUGCGAUCACUUGACCAUGAAAGACAUCGAGACCAUCAUCAUGACGGAGGAGAACCACAUCGAGAACCCAGAGGACUGCCAAGUAGACAUCGACUCCGAGAGUCCAACGCAGCAGGUGAAACAGACGUGCGUCAGGAAGAGUUUGAUCUGCGCCUUCGCCAUCGCUUUCAUCAUCAGCGUCAUGCUCAUCGCCGCCAAUCAGGUGCUACGUAGCGGCAUGAAAUAA